ACACAGUUUCACGUCGGAAAUAAAUACAUGUGGGACCACCAUACCCAACGAGUAGCAGCUGAUAACUGUAACUAAACAACAACAACAACAACACCGAGAGGCGUUCACGAGUUUCGAGAUGAUAUAAUGUUACAUUAUCUCAGACAUGUUUGAAGUCACGUUGUAGUAACGUAGUAAAGAAGAUGUUCGCCAGACCGUUUCGUGUUAAAUCCAACACGGCGAUCAAAGGAUCAGACAGGAGAAAGCUCAAAGCUGACAUAGCCACAGCCUUUCCUUCGCUGUCUCCUGAUGAGCUGUCUGAGCUCAUCCCAAACAAAGAGGAAUUAAAUGUAGUGAAGGUUUAUGCACAUAAAGGAGAUGCUGUGACACUCUAUGUUCUUCACAAAAACCCACUGUUCUUUGAACUGGAGAAACGACUUUAUCCUACAGUGUAUGUUCUUUGGCGCUACCCUGCUCUCCUGCCAACAUUCAAGACAUGGUCUCCUGUGCUUCAGAAGUUGAUUGGAGGGGCAGAUCUCAUGCUGCCAGGUGUGGUCCUUCCUCCGAGUGGUAUCCCAGAUGUGAAACAAGGCAACUGCUGUGCAAUUACAGUAGUGAGCAAUAGAGCUCCUGUUGCAGUUGGCACUGCUGCAGUGUCCAGUGCAGAGAUGAAAAGUUUGGGUAUGAAAGGGAGAGGAGUGUGCGUUCUCCAUACGUACAUGGAUACUCUUUGGGCUUUUGGAGACAAGUCAGGUCCUCCAUCUUUACCCGAUGCAGAGAGCGAAGGAGUGAAUGGAGAGGAUUGUGAGGUCAGUGAGGAAGAGGAGGAAGAGGUCCAGUGUGUGCAGGAGGAACAUACUCCCAGUGAAAAGAUGACAGGUGAAGCCUGUUCUGCUAUUGAGGAGCUGAGCCUGACAGAAGUUGAUCAGGAGGAAGAGAAGGCUGAAAAGGGCAAUGAGGAAGAGGAGGGGAACCAGGAUUGUCCCAAGGGAAUGUCACAAGAGAUAAUGGACGCCCUGCUGUUGCAGUGUUUCCUCCACGCUCUCAAGACCAAGGUGAAGAAGUCAGAGCUCCCUCUGCUGACCAGUACAUUUCUCCGCAACCACAUGUUCGCCUGCUGCCCAAGUGGAAAGCAACUUGAUAUCAAGAAAUCCAGCUACAAAAAGCUGUCCAAGUUUCUGCAGGCCAUGCAGCAGCAGCAUAACCUUGUGCGAGUGAAAGAGCUGACCAAGGGUGUGGAGAGCAUUGUGGAGGUGGACUGGAAAAAUCCAGAACUGCGCUUCUUCAACGUUCCAGAGGAGACAGAUGUUGAAGCAGUACCGGUGCAGGAUAGAGGGGAAGGAGAAACUCCGUACCAUCCUCCUGAGAUCACAACCCUGUAUUCUGUGUCGGCUCGACUGGAGCCUCUCUUUCUGGAAGCAAACAAGAGGAAAGGAACAAUACUGCAGCCUGUUGAAGUGAGAACUAUUGUGACCGAGUAUGUGAAGAAGAAUGAACUAGUGGAUGAAAUAAAUAAGAAUUACGUGACCAUAAACCCAACUCUGUGUGACUGCUUGCUGGAGAAAUCAGAGUACCAGGAGAUAGAGUCUCUCAAGUGGGAUGACCUCUUUAGCAGGACGUUGGGACGAAUGCAGGAGUGCUAUCAAGUUGUAUUCCCUGGACAACCACCCAUAAAGAAGAAGGGCCACAUUGAGCCCAUAGACAUCUCUGUGGCCUCUCGAGGCUCCAAUAAGAAGGUGACUCUAAUAAAGAACCUGGAAGUGUACGGUUUGGAGCCUGCAGUUGUGGCCAACGCUUUGCAGCACAGAGUCCAGGCCAGCUCUGUCUUACAACCCAUCCCUGGAUCCAAGGACAAAGUCCUGGUUCAGAUACAAGGCAACCAGAUUCAUCAAGUUGGCAAUUUGCUCCUAGAUCACUAUCAAAUUCCUCGGAAGUACAUCCAGGGACUAGACACAGCUCCAAAAGGCGGGAAAAAGAAGUAGCAACUGUUAUACCAACCAUUUACUGUCUUUAAAGCUGUUCUGCUGUAAACACAACAACAAUUCAUGGAAUAAAGUUGGUUCACUGCCAUCUUCUGAAGGUCAAUGUA